ACAGUUACGUAGCGAUCAGGUUGUGAACUAGAUGUAUACCUUACCCAUUGAAACGUAAAUUAUUUCAAAUGAACUAUCAUCGUGCGAUUCUUAAAUUUUUGAAGAAUUCUGAUAUGUUUAUCUGGAGAUGCUAUUAAAUCUAUUUUUACAAGUUUCCGGAAGUUGCGACGUUUUUAUUUAAGUGAAUAAAUUUGAAUGAUCUUAGAACGAAUCACUCCCCAAGAUGUCAUCGAUAGUUUUGUUGUUCCUGUAUCUGAAUACGCUCUACUUAACUUGUGAUGCAAGCAAUACAAACGAUUCGAAGCUAUUCAUUGCAAAUGACGAAGAUGUCACGGAAACGCAAUAUGCAACUUGCAAAAUCGCUACAGAAGAAUUGGUUGCAAGCGCACGUGCCAGUGUCUCGAGAGUACUUACUGGAGCUUGCAAUGCUAAAACGCUCGAUGAGAAACUGCAGGCUUUAGAAAAGAAUCUGACUAAAGAACUGGAAGAAAUCAAAACGUUAUUGAAUGUAAUUUUGGAAAACAAAAGGAACAUGCAAAAAUUGGCAAAAUUAUACGAUAAUUAUGACGAAGAUAAAAGCGAUGCAUUAUCUCCAAGACAGUCUGAAAUCGAUAAUUUUAACAAUACGCUUCAAAGAACUUCAUUAUUAAAUGAGUCUGCGAACCUUUUCUUUUAUUACUGGCAAAUAAAACGUUUCAACGAAAAACUUGUCGAUUGGAAAACCGCUCGUUCCCUACGCAGCCCGACAUUUUACGUAGGCCAGAAUGGAUAUGCCAUGUACAUCAAAGUAACGCCGCGAUAUUUUCCGGACGGCACAGUUUUCAUAAGCGUCGGAUUGACUCGUGGUCGUCAUGAUUCUGUUCUAAAAUGGCCAUUUCCCUACAAGAUUCGCCUCGAGAUUUUAGAUCAUUCAUCGGAGCAAUCGCGACAAGGUCGUAGAUCACGAAUCUGGGAUCCGUCCACACUUUGCUCAGAAUAUUUUUGGGGCCGUCCAAAAUUAACUGGAGAACCAGAUAAUCCAGAAUGUGUUGGAUUAAGCAUUCCGCGGCAGAUCUUUUUCGUUAAGUUGCCGGUUGCGAUCGAUUAUCCAUCGAGAAGCGCCAGAUAUCUUUGGAAUGGAAGUAUCACUAUCAAACUGACAGUUUAUUUUUAGAUAAUCAUUAUUCUAAAAAUGUCCAGUUAAACUAAAGAUGCAUAAACAUACUUUCAAAUUAUUGCAGAUGUAUAAAAUAUGUUUCAAACUUCGUUUAAUCUAGUUUUCGAGCUGAGUGAAAUUUCAGCUGUUUAUCACGGACAUACGUAAAUUUUGAAUGAUAUGAAUAAAUAUAUUUUUUUUUUUAAUUUAACAGAGGACUUGAUCAAAGUUAUGGCAAGAAGUAAAAAAUUAAUGGUUUUUCUCUUAUACAAUGUUGAAAAUACGAUUUAAUCAAAUUGUGUAAUCAGGUGUUUAGAUACUUAUAUACGACAGGCAUACACGAAAUAAUCCUUUUAGACAACAUUAAUCUACAAU